GAUUCUGGAGCAAGGGCCACUACUAUCUCUCUUACUGGCGGUUUACGAUACCAGUCUAGAUUUGACCUUCCAUAACGCGCGAGAGAAAGCCCUCCAGCGGUAUCACAAUGGUUUCACCGUACGGUUUAGCAGCUGCCGUCUGCUAGUGAAUGCGUUUGCAACCGGAAGGCAGAAUGUUGCGGCCAGUGCUUUCCUGCCAGUGAAGUGAUACGCUAAACGUCCGGAAAAUCUCACCACAAACCUGUUUUCGUGUUCGAUUUCCCCGUAUCCGUAUGCUGUUGCAUCUGGGCACACAUUCUUUCGAUCGGCGUUGUGAGUAGUGCUGCUGUAGAAAGUGUAACUCCCCACACCGAUCGCGUAGUACCCGCACGCCAACCUUUUGGUGCAAGGGAAGCAGCGCUGUCCAUGCUGGUCUGGCAUGUCCGACGGCAACGAAAGCAAAGGGAGCGCAAGUGUGGAUAUAUGGCUUGUUGAAUCGAAAACCCAUCACCAUACCGUGCUAAGCAGAUGGUGCGCACCGUGGCCGAUGGUCGUGUGAAAAACGAUAUAAAAUGAGAAGAAAAUUCGAACGCACACACAGGUGACCAUCGUAGAAACGUGCGCCAUCUUGAAUUUUCCCUACGUCACGUUUCCGUAGCUGGGACAGUGGAGUGACGUGGGGAAGGGCAGCGAGUAGUAGUGGGUGAGAGUUAACAGUGCGAAGCAGAGAGGAGAGGAGGCGGGAGUGAAAGGAAAACCAUCCAGGCCGUGAAUGGUCAGGGCAGAACGGCCAAACUUACCUUUCAGCCCGAGCACUGCUCACGUGAGAGCUUUCCGUCGGUGCGCCUACGGAAGCAAGCGUUACGAGAGAGAGAGAGUGAGAGAGAUUGAGAAGGAGAGAAGGAGAGAUACAGAAGGACAGACACGCACACACACGCAGUGAGUCUAUUGAACGAUGUCCAACGACGCACUGUGGGUGUCUGACGCCAUGUUGGACUCACUCAGUAUGCAACUUCGGGAUGCCGAAGCACGACGAGCAGAAGCAGAACGUGCACACCAGGAAGCUCUGGCACAGCUUAGAGGUAUGUCGUCCGGCAUGGGUAGGAUAAGUGAACCGAUAGAAACGUUGCAGUCCAGAGCCCGCGAGUUGGAGAAGAAGGCUGCGCUCGAAACAGUUCGGUGCGAGGAGCUACAGCUCGAACUAUCAGCCGCGCUAAAAUCACGACCAGGCCGUACGAUCGGCUCUGGCGGCCCUGGUGGAUCAAGCGGUACAAUGCUGGGUGGCCUGAGCGAUAGCAUGACCGGAGUGCGGGGCACCAUCGGCAAUAGCUGCACCGCCGUCACCAAUCCAUCGUCAGCCAGUGCAACGCUCAACAGCAUCGGUAGCAGUGCGUACGGGCACACGGCGAGCUCGGUCACGACCAACACUAGCGCUCUCGAGCGUUCGCUAGCGGCCUCGUAUGGCGGUGGCACGUCUGUGGGCAGUGGAUCCGGAAGCCGUGGCAUCGACGGCAUUGGCAGCAGUAUCGGCCACAGCACAAGCAUCGGCAUGAGCAGCAGCAGUGGCAUCGGGACCGGCAGCACGGGCAACACUGGCGGCAGUACCGUCACCUGGGCGCCCACACCGACCGGCCACCAGCAGGGGACCGAGAUUGAUAGAAUAAUGGCAAAGAUCGAACAGGCACGUUUAUCCAUUGCUAAUGACAAUCGCAUACUGGCCGAGCUCGAGCAUCCACGCACAACUGGACCGAUCAUGUCGUCGGCCCUCGGUACAGGCGGUCUCACGAGCGUUUCGACCAGCCUCGGCCUGUCCUCGCACCAGUCGCACCUACACCAGACGCCAUCGAGCCUGGCAUCGCAGAUCUCUUCCUCGGCAAUGCUGGGCGGUCUGUCCGGGCUGACCGGUGCUACUACCGGGCUCGGCAUGAACUCGAUCGGGCUGGGUGGUAGUGGCCCGGGUGCGGGUGCUGGUGUCAGCUCGGCCAUGGCCGCCGGCAUCAGCUCCAUCACGGGCGGCGUCAGCUCGAUGGGUGUAACGUCCAGCACCAGCAGCCACGCGUUGACGGACGGACAGUACAGUGGACUGACGUCCUCUACUGGCGGGAGCAGCACUAAUCACUACUCGACCAACGCCAACGUUUCACCACUGCCAAGCCGGGCCAAUCCAAUGAGCACCACCAUGCCACCCCUCUGCCAGAGUACGACCAUGCCCGUCCUGUCGCUACACAACACGCACUCGAUACCGUCGGGUUCGGCUAGCUACACGCUCGGGCUGAGCGUGGCUCCGGUCGCCUCGUCGUACACCUUCCCGACGCACUCGGCCACCACCGGCGGGUUGGCGAGCGUGCUCGGCACCACGUCCGGCGUCACCGGGGCGGGCGUGUCUGGGCUGAGCGGGCUGGGCAGCGGGCUGGGGACGGGCGCCGGGCUCAAUCUUACCUCCACCAAUCCGCUCACCAGCACGCUCGGCACGAACCUGACCAACUACAACACCAGCUCGUCCUACUCGACCUACACGAAC